CCAAGCCAAUCCUAUCAGUCGUCUGCUGCUGCUCCUGUUUGUUCAUCCAAACCUCCGAACCACGACCAAACGAUCCAAACUAUCGAUUUGGAGGUUCUGAAAGUCUAGACCAGUAUAAUUUUACCGUGUUGUCAAGCCCUCUAAAUGUCGUCGGACAGCAGUUCUGACGAAGACGAGAAAAAUCGUUUCCUCGAAGCUGCCGUCACUGCGAAGGACGUCUUCUCACGAAAGUCCGGAGAGGCUGGAACACGGGGGAGCUCUCAAAAGGCGGGCAAUGCGAGGCCACUUGAUAUCUCCGAAGACUGCCAGAAAUACCUCGCCAAGAGUUUGCAGAACACUUUGGACAGGAAGCUCAAAGAAGUUCAAGUGGAGGCAGAUUGCUACGAACCUGACAGCAGUUCAGGAAUCAAGCUUUUUUCAGAUUCUUCCAUAGAACUGAAUGACGUCCAAGAGGACCGGCAUGUUCAGUGCCCUCGUAAAAGACCCAAGCUUCCUCCAAAGAUAUCUGAUGACAUGCUUGCAGCAGUAGCGGUGACACCCGACUGGGUGCUGAAACACUCAGGAAUUGUAAAGCACAGCGAUGAUGCUACGAAGCGUAAGAAGUCCAAAAACACCUCGGACACUUGAAGUACAAUAAAAUGUGAAAUGAACCAA